AUGCUUUUAAGAUUUUUGUCACAUGGAUCAGCCACUAGCAUUGGCAGGUUUCAUCACGAAAAUAUAAAAAUCAAAUAUGAUUUUAUUGUGAAUGAAGAUUUACAAAAAGGCAGAGGCCUGAAGUACUCUAGCAUAAUACCAUCAUACUUCUCUAAAUGCAUUGAGACUGGAUCAUAG